AUGCUGCGUCCCAACGGUGAUGUAAGGAAAUGUUUGCCACACCAACUAAAUCUGUGUUUAAACGCGCUAGAGGAUUCUGCAUUGGUGAUUUUUGUAAAAGUUGACUACUUUUGUUGUAUGGAUAUACCGGCCAGAUUAUGCCCUUCCUAUCGAAAUGUUACCGUUGUAAUUCACAACAAUUUUCCUCAGAGUCAAUUCCCUGUAAGAUCAUUUCACUUUCGAAAGGGUGUUGAAAAGGAGAUAGCCGACGGAAUUCGUGCUGCUGCUGCCAGCCGAAAUUAA